GGGCGAUAACUUCAGUGAUGUACGGAAAAGUGUUGUCUGCUCCAUUUGUUUAGUGCAGUGUAACCGAAAAUAUGGAAGACACACCGCAUGCCCAAGUGAAAUUUUUCACCAAACAAUCAAAAUACUCAGUGCCAGACACACCGUUUUCUGUUCCUGUGACAGUUAAUACUGGUGAUCUGAGCUCCCUUAUCAAUGGACUUAUCAAGGAAAACGUAGACAAAGAUGUAGACAUAGACUUUGACUUCUUGAUUGACGGCGAGUUCCUGAGAGUGAGCCUUGAGAAACACUUAGAGCAGAAAGAAGUUUCCACGGAAACAGUUGCUGAGUUAGAAUAUGUUGAGAGGCACCCAGCCCCUCGUCCUGAAGAUUCACUUGACCAUGAUGACUGGGUCAGCUGUGUACAUGCUGCAAACAACUGCAUUUUAAGUGGAAGCUAUGACAACACCCUGCACCUGUGGUCAGCCAAGGGUGACGCCUUACUUACCAUUCCUGGUCAUACACAACCUGUCAAGUGUGUUAAAUGGAUACAACAUGAUCCAGGAAAGUCGAGCAGUUUUCUGUCGGGAUCACAUGACCAGACUGUGUUGCUAUGGCAAUGGGAUGAGGGGAAGCGAGAGGUAGACUGUGUCCACUGUUGUCGAGGUCAUGCUGCCAGUGUUGACUGUAUUGCUGUAAACCAGUCAGGGGACAAGUUUUGCUCUGGUUCUUGGGACAAAAUGUUGAAGAUGUGGUCCGCAGUGAUAGACAGAACCGAGGAAUCUCCUAGUGACGAUGAAGACAAACCAGCUAAGAAAAAGAAGACGAGUGGCCCCAAAGUUCAGACCCGGGUGCCUAUUCUAACCCUGUCAGGGCACACAGAGGCGGUAUCAGGAGUCACCUGGCUCGGGGACCAGGAAGUGUGCACAGCCUCAUGGGACCACACACUGCGACUAUGGGACCUGGAGAAGGCAGAACAGAAAUCUACAAUGCAAGGGAACAAGGUAUUCCUGUCUGUUUCCUACUCUCCUGCCAAUGGGCUUCUGGUCACAGGUUCGGCAGACAGACAUGUGCGCUUAUGGGACCCAAGAUGUUCAGAUGGGUCGAUAGUGAAGAGCACCUACACGUCCCACCAGGGCUGGGUGUCCAGUGUGGCUUGGUCGCCCACCAACCGACACCAGUUCAUCUCUGGCUCAUACGACAACCUCAUGAAACUCUGGGACCAAAGAAGCCCUAAGGCCCCCCUCUAUAAUCUGGUUGGCCACACUGACAAGAUCUUGGCUGUUGAUUGGUCGAUACCAAGCAUGUUGCUGUCAGGAGGGGCUGACAAUCAGCUGAAGAUAUUCCAGUAUGAGGAUGUGGCUGGCAAGAAAUCUUGAGGAAUGACUUGUGUUAUAAUAAAUUUUCAACUUGAUCUUGUUAAGUUCUAUUCACAUUUUUAGAAUAACAAAUACCUGCAAUGUGUCAAACAUAUAUGUUAGUUUUGCGUUAUAUGAAAAGAGGUAUCUUAUCUUCUAUCUUCAAAUAGGAAUACUUAAGCCCUGAAUUUGAGAUGCAUUGGGCAAAUGAAUGAUGUUCCAUUCUUUCAGAAGCCUGCAAUGUUCCAGAUUUGGCUCAUGCGAUAAGUAAUCAGUAUCGCUUAGUGAUGGGCCGAUUAGGGGGUAUAAUCAAUUAACGGCUAGAAAAGCCCAACCGAUUCCGAUAAUCGAUUGUGUUUUCUCCGAGUCGAUAGCGGGUACGAAUACUCGCGGGUACGAACGAAGAUUUCCGAAUGGGAAAUAACUCUGAAAGCGUGCAAAAUGGCCGCUCUAGCAGACGGCAAUAGAGAGUCGGAGAUAUUUAAUCACCCAGGAUCCAAAACUAAGUCUUAUGUAUGGAAGGUCUUUGGAUUUCAAAAGAUCGCCCUGAAUUUGCCACCGACGAAGGACAAUUUGAAUAUGAACAUCGCCAUUUGUCGUCUUUGUAAAAAGACUUACAAAAACACCGGUUAGUUGAAUCUUUUGAAAUUUCCCGUCCAGUAUUUUAAUGUCAGGCUUCAGCAUUAUAUUUUGGAACUCAAGAGCUGUGUUUGUGUAAUCAUCAUUAAUGUUUUGCUAAUAUAUUGUCCCCACUUUAAUAGAAAGAACUCAUGCCUGUCCGAAAGUUUAAAGUAUCCGAAAUAUCAGACAUGAUUAAUGCUUAACGGUUAAAACCGAACUAUGCCGGCAAAUGGUCAGCCAAUGAAGCGUUAGUAUUUUGUUGCAGUUAUCCAAUGAAAAUUGAUUUAACAUCGUACAGUUAGGCACAACUGUCAAUAUGGCGGCGCCCAUAGCGUCAAAAAAUAAGUUCGAAAGAAUUAGCAAAACUUUGAUAGAUUUUCGUAUUUUAUAACGGUAUGUCCGACUGAAUCUAUCUGUUGACAAGAGACAAAAAUGCUGUGACAUUUCUAUAUCCAUUAUUAUGUAAUAUCGGUGGAAAGAACUUAGUUUUUUAUGCAACUUGAUUUUUUCAGUGACAUUCAAUGUACAUGUUAAAGUGUAAAACAGUUUUUUAUGUGAAUAAUGCUGUUGUUUGUACUAAAUAUCUAGAAAAAUUUUAUUAUAAAUAAGUUGUAAACUGU